AUGGUGGUGGAUAGUGGUUCGGUGAUAGUGAAAGGAGGGUCGGUGAUGGUGGUUGUCAGGGAUGUCACGACAUGGUUCGUGACAGACUCGGUGACAGGGGCGGCCGCUGGGGUGGCCGGAGGAGCAGAAGGACGGCGACUUCGGGUGCCGUGGGCCGGAGGAGAAGUCACCACGGGAGAGGACGGACGAGAGGCCGAAGGGCGACGGGAGGACGAUGGAGGAGCAGCCGGGAGACGCGACGGGCCGGCCACAGGAACGAAGGGCGACGGCGAAGGAGGCGACGAGCGGGAGGCCGGCGAGGUACGGCGAACCGACCGGAGAGACGAAGAUGGUACCCGCGAACGGGGGACAGACGCUGGAGUCUGGGGAGGGGGGAAAGGCGAAGAGACGGAGGGACGGGGCGGGACGUCCCGAGCAGAGGAAACGGGACAGAAGGAGCAGGGACCAGAUGUGCAUGAAGCACAACGGAGGGCUUUGUUUACGAAAAGGUGGACUCACCGACAACGAUCACACGCUUCAUCAACACCAACCGCGACCCAACGUCCAGGCUCGGACUUCAUCUUCUCCCACAAAUACUCUUCUUCCCGCAAUGAUCUCUUCACCCGUUUGGGCGAAGGCUCCCCUCUGGGAGAAGGAGGGGGAGCAGCAACGGCGGCGGCGACGGCAGGGUGGUUGACGGCAGCAGCAGGACUAGUGGCGGCGGCAGCGGCGAUGGCGUCGGCGGGGGGGAGAACCCCGGAAGAGGAGGAAGAGGAAGAGGGAAAAGAGGAAGAAGAGGAAGAGGAAGAAGAGGAAGAAGAGGAAGAAGAGGAAGAAGAGGAAGAAGAGGAAGAAGAGGAAGAAGAGGAAGAAGAGGAAGGAGAGGAAGAAGAGGAAGAAGAGGAAGAAGAGGAAGAAGAGGAGAGAGAACGGUGUCGUUUCUGGCCCACGAUUUGGGCAGGGGGGGGGAACAUGAACGGCUGCGAGUUAGCAAUGUCUUGGAGAACUAAAGAACAGAUAAACAAGGCCAAGUUCGGCGAAGGUGUGAGAGGGUGGACGAAGGACUCACGCUCAGAACUAUCUACGUCGUUGUCCUCUACACUAAUCACCUCCACAUCAUCAUCCGGGUAUUCCUCCAACUCGCUUUCGCCCUCACUAUCAAUCCUACGCUCCCGAUCUUCAUCAUCCUCACUUUCUUCGGUGUCGGGCCCAUCACUCGACUCCGAGCCCCCACUGAGCGAGUCCUGGUCGGACGAGGACGGAGACUCACCAGGACGAAAGGCGGGCGUCCUACGGCGAGGGCCGGGAGGACCGGAUACGGGGACAAGAAAACCAGACACGGGGGAGGGAGAACCAGGGGGCGGAGAAGCGGAGCGAGGAGGCGAGGCAGCGCCAGACGGCUCCCCCAGGGAGAGAGUGCCGAGGCCAAGGGAGGAGACUUGGCGAGAUCUGUCGCCGAAAGAAACUGAACAUCAGCCAAGUUCGGCGAGGUGA